UUCCCUAUUAUCAAACUUUGUUUUAGGGUUUUUAGAAGCAAAGUUAUUAAAAACUAAUUUGUCCCGACAAUUAUAAUGAGAAUUAUGCAAGUAAUUUGAGCUUGUUACUAACAUAAAAUGAUUAUAAAAUCCUCCUUAGGACGUUCUGUCAUUCACUGUUCCAUCACCCAAACUGGCACUCACAAAGAAAAAAAACUGUGGUCCUCACCACUUUUUUCCUUUCCCACCUUUUUCCUUGCAAUCUCAUAGUCUUGAUGUAACUUCUAAGUUCCUAUAUUUUUGCUCCCACCAUUUCCACAAGCAGCAUCAACACCACCACCAUCGCUACCGAGCUGCCGGAGUUGGCAAUGGAAGCAAAGAGCAUUGAAGGGAAGCAUAAUUUCAAAGAUAAGACGUGCAGGGAAGGCAUGGUCGAUGACGAUUUAGAAUACGAGACGGAGGAAGAGGUUGGCGGAGCUGGCCAUGGUGGUAGCAAUGCUUGCACUGCAUUGGGUUAUUUUGAGAAUGAGAAAAAGAAACGAGGGGCAGCAGUUUCUGGCCGGGGAAGGUCCGGUGGAUGCGUCUCUUCGCCGAGUUGCCAAGCGCACAACUGUGCAACAGAUUUGAGUGAAGCAAAGAGGUAUCACCGCCGCCACAAGGUCUGCGAGCUUCACUCAAAGGCAGCGGUCGUCAUGGUUGCGGGAAUUCGCCAGCGUUUCUGUCAGCAAUGCAGCAGGUUCCAUGAGUUAACAGAAUUUGAUGAAGCAAAAAGGAGCUGUCGGCGUAGGCUGGCAGGACACAACGAACGUCGCCGGAAGAGCUCGGCAGAAUGCCAAGGGGAAAGCACGAGCCGCAAAGGAUCAACCCCGCAGUCGAAGGAAAGCCAUUGCAGGCAGCUGGUGGAAGAUCAAAGAAGCAGAAUUCAGAUAGCUCCUCCAGGAAGUUCUGGCUAUAAACACCUGCAUAUCAGAUAAAAGGAGACUAAACUAGCUACGAAUCUUUGCUCUCUCUCUUCUGUCACUAGGAAAUGAAAGACAUCCACAAAAUGCCACGUUUUCCUUGAAGU